AUGCGUCUCGAAUUCAUCACUCUCGCAGCCCUGCCUUUGGUGCUAGGCGCUCCGGUCGUCACUCCUCUGUCCGGCCAGGUCAUUCCCGGAAGGUACAUUGUCAAGUUCAAGAACAGUGACAUCGCCGCCUCUGCUGUCAACGCCGCUCUUGCUCUGCUGCCGAAAGCUCCCGCCCAUACCUACAGCCUUAGCAACUUCAAGGGUUUCGCUGGUGAGCUCAGUGACGUGAUGGUCAAGGUCAUUGCAGCUCUUCCCAACGUUGAGUACAUUGAACAGGACGCUAUUGUCAAGGCCACUGUCUGGGAAGAGGACGUAGCUCUCGACAAGAAGGCUCUCACAACCCAGACCAGUGCCACAUGGGGUCUUGGCCGCAUCUCGCACGUGAACAAGGGCUCGACCUCUUACAUUUACGACACCACCGCGGGAUCGGGUACGUGUGCCUACGUCAUUGACACCGGUAUCUACACCUCGCACCCCGAAUUCGAGGGUCGUGCCACCUUCCUCGCCAACUACGCUGGCGAUGGCUCUAACACCGACGGCAAUGGCCACGGCACCCACGUCGCUGGGACUAUCGGUUCCAAGACCUACGGCGUUGCGAAGAAGACUAACCUCUACGCUGUCAAGGUCCUUGACUCCAGCGGCUCUGGUACUAACUCUGGUGUCAUUGCUGGCAUCAACUUUGUCGCCAGCGACGUCAGGACUCGCAGCUGCCCCAACGGUGCUGUUGCUAACAUGUCUCUCGGUGGCAGCAAGUCCACCGCCGUGAACUCCGCCGCCGCCGGUGUCGUCUCUGCCGGUGUCUUCAUGGCUGUUGCCGCUGGUAACGAGGCCCAAGCGGCUGCCAACGUCUCCCCCGCUUCUGAGCCUACUGUCUUCACCGUUGGUGCCACCGACAGCUCUGACGCUUUCGCCUCCUUUUCCAACUACGGCUCCACGGUCGACGCUAACGCUCCUGGUGUUUCCAUCCUUUCCACCUGGUUGAACGGUGGUACUAACACCAUCUCCGGAACCUCGAUGGCUUCUCCUCACGUCGCUGGUCUCGGUGCUUACCUCUUGGCUCUUGAGGGCAAGGUUACUCCUGCCGCUCUUACCUCCCGCAUCACGUCUCUUUCCAACAAGAACAAGAUCACCGGCAUCCCCAGUGGAACCCCCAACUACCUUAUCUACAACGGCAACGGCGCAUAA